CCAUUGACUUAGAACAAACUGCCCUCCAGCAAACUUCUCAUAACAAUAUAUUAAUAGCCAACAUAACAAAAUGUUGAAAAGGAGAGCCACUCUAAUUUUUAAUCAAGCGUUUCUAUAGAAAUGGUAAUUAUAGCCACCCAAUAAGUGAAGCCUGAACUAUAUGAAAAAUGAAGUCCUCUGUUGUGAGACUGUUGCCCUCUGCAUAUGGCCAAAGACCAUAAAAGCUAUAUUUUUAUGAAACUAUUAGAUUUUAUAUAGAAUGAAUAUUACAAGGUAAGGCUGGAAUAAAAUAUACAUCUGGUAUGAGGAAAAGACCCUCCUCUGCUCUCCCAAAAAAGUUACAUAACCCUCCCCCUUUCUUCUGAAGUUUGAAGUUAUCUCUUUUAUCUUUAUCUUCAUUCUUUUCAAGAAGAAACUUUACACAUCAAUCAAGACCUUUUCAAGUGAGAGACAGCUGAUAGUAACAGAGAAAAAAUGAAGUAAGGAUUCACACUAAAUUAAAGAUUCAGUCAACACCAACAGCAAAUGGACCUCAAGAACCACAAAUGACACCAUCAACUCCCGCUUUAUUUAUUUUUUUGUUCGCAUUUAAAAAAAAUACAAUUAUUAUAAAACAAAUGAUAGGACAGACCAGAGAUAGAUGUAACAUUUUUUUACAUUUCGGUCUGUAUCUCGGUGCUCCUUUAAUCCAGUGCAUUCAAAAUGUGAUACAAUCUAGUUACAUGUGUCUGCUAUUAAAUGGUGUAACAUAUCCUGGGUGAAAUGUAACAUUCACUAGCAACAGAAAUAAUUAAUAUUAAUUUUAAUUAUAAUUAUUUAUUGAUGAUCGAAACAGAAAGAUGUACAAGGCUUGCAGUUGCAGAAUAGACAUUUGAAAGCGUUGUGGGGAAGCUGUGAGGGAAAUCCACAUUCUGCACAUUAUACUGCAUACUAAUCAAUAUUUUAGGGACAUUUUGAGUUAAAAUUAUAUAGUAUAAUUUGUUGUGCAACUUCUUAAAAAGGUCACUUUUUACUGACUCCAGGUAAUUUUGAUGUGAAAUAUUCCUUUAUGCUAAAGUUGUUUUUGCAGAUUUAAGACAAGUUCAACUGAAACAUAAGAAACCGGUUGGACUACACAGGAACCAGGAGUGACUUAAGGGGAAUGUUCCACCUGUGAACACAAUGACCUGGGGCAAGGGGUGUGGUUAUCCUUGUGAGAAAAUGUAGGGCGGGAGUAUUGCUUUGCUAUUCCUUCCCUCACUUCCUGAAGUGAACACUGUCCAAAUAAGUGGCGUUACAGAGGAUAACCUGUAAUAUUCUGGAACUUUGACACACCAGGCCAAAGAUUAUAUGCACGUGCUGGUGUAAAGCAUGUUCCUGUGGCAAUAUCUGACUCUGCUCCUGCUGAUACCUGUUCAAAUAUGCAAAGCACUCCCAGAGCAGAGAUGUGCUGAAUUUACGGAUCUAAAUCUUGGUCACGCAUUUAUUGGAACCAGCCUCACAAUCAGGUUGUUGCUGCACACCAGGGAUAAUCCCUCCUGUGGUACACUGAUGUCCCACACCAACCUGUCUGCCCAUCCUCAGUUUAACUUGUCCAGACCCACCACCUUCAUCAUUCAUGGGUAUCGGCCCACGGGAUCUCCGCCAAUUUGGGUACAUAACGCAACAGAGCUGCUGCUGGCCAGGAAUGAUAUUAACGUCAUAGUAGUCGACUGGAACCGCGGAGCUACUAAUAUGAAUUAUUUCACGGCAGUGGAGAACACACGCAAGGCAGCUGACAACCUCACUACUUUCAUUGAAAAGAUGCAGGAACAUGGUGCUUCUCUGAGCUCCAUCCACAUGAUCGGAGUCAGUCUCGGGGCUCAUAUAUCCGGCUUUAUAGGGGCCAAGUUAAAUGGGUCAAUUGGAAGAAUUACAGCUCUGGAUCCUGCUGGGCCUCAGUUCACUGGCACUCCUCCAGAGGACCGCCUGGACUCCACAGAUGCCCAGUUUGUGGACGUCCUGCACACAGACAUAGAUGCCCUCGGCUACAGAAAACCUUUGGGUCACAUUGAUUUCUAUGCUAAUGGAGGAACAGACCAACCUGGCUGCCCAAAGACCAUCUUUUCUGGAGGAUCCUAUUUUAAAUGUGACCACCAGAGAUCAGUGUUGCUCUACCUUGACUCUGUGAAUCAGACAUGUGCCAGCAAGGCCAUCCCCUGCUCCUCCUAUGAAGACUUUCUGGAUGGUAACUGCUUGAACUGUGAAAGUUUUGGUGCUGCUGGAUGUCCUGUCUUUGGUUAUGACGUCACAGAGUGGAAAGAUGUCCUGCUGAGGCUGGGCCAAACAACAACGUACUUCACCACAAAUGCAAAGUCUCCAUUCUGCAUGACAGACUAUAUGGUGGACGUGAUGAUAUGGAACAUGGACGUGCGCUGGGGAUACAUUACUGUUAAACUUCACAGUAAUGGUGUAGAAGCAGUGGCGACCAUUGACCAUAAAGCUGCAGAGUUCAAGAGGUACACAGAAACCAGGUUGUUUGCCCAGUUUGACAAAGACAUUCUCUCAGUGAAAGAGGUCUCUCUCAAAUUCUCCACUGGGAAUGUAUUCAAGCCAAAAUAUAAGCUUCGUGUUCUCCGUAUUCGUCUGACACACCUGGGACGCAAGGACAGGCCUCUCUGUCGAUAUGACGUCCUUCUCAAGGAGAACAAAGAAGUUACCUUCAGGCCCAUUCCCUGUGAAGAAUCCAACUUCUGAGACAGAAUCCGACUUCAUCUCAAGAAAUACCACUGCUCUUACUGGAAAUGAUUCCACUGACUUUUCAAUACAAUCCUUAAAAAGCACUGGAUUCUUCACUUAUGUUCCAGAAGAUACUUCCUCAAACAAAUGUUGUUGUUUUUUAACAUGACAUUACUAGAAACUAUUUAUUUGUGUAUAUUAGAUUAUUUAGAUUAUGACAAUAAUAUAACUAUUAAUACAAUCUCAAGUCAAUAAUGCUUGCCCUGCACAACUGAUGAAUUAACUGACCGCUUGGUCAGUCAGUUUUUGUACCAUUAAAAAUAAUUCUCCCUUUA